UCACCAAAGGAAUGAGCUGUUUUCCGAUAAGGUUCACAUCACAUGAACCACAUUCUUAUAAGUAUAACAUGUGAGCAGGGCACGGGGGUUCACAGGCCUGCUACUGUUUCCAAGUGACCCCCACCACAAGCCUUAAUUGCACUCCCUCUUUCUCUCCCUCUUCUGAAAUCUUCAUCAUUCUGUAGAUUGCAUUGAAGAGAAUAAUUUUCUAUAUCGUAUAUAAUAUAAGCUUCAGCAUUUUGUUCAUAUAAUAUUGUGUUAAUGCUUUUCCAGUAGCAGUAUGUUUUACACACUCCAACGCAGAAACAUGAAAUAUUCUCUUAUUUUUGGUGGCUUAUUGGCUUUCUUCUUUCUUCUAAGCGGUUCCUUGGCUGCUUCAUAUGAUGGGCCUUUAUAUGAUUUUACUGCUUACACAGAGUGUAAAGCAGAACCAGAGAAGCCACUAUACCUGGGAGGGAUGCUGAAAGAUGAGCCUCCAGUUAUGAGACCAAGCAUUAUUGGCGAUACUGCAACUGGUUUUUACACGCCAGCUUUUGUAUUGAAGAAUCUUACUCAGGGCAACAUUUACUGUUUCUCCACUUGGAUCAGAAUACAAGGUGCAAAUUCAGCUCUCAUUAGGGCAAGCUUGAAGACAGAAACCAGAACAUACGAUUGUGUAGGGACUGUUUUGGCUCAGAGUGGAUGCUGGUCAUUUCUCAAGGGUGGAUUCAUUCUUGAUUCACCUUCAAAUUUAUCUUUACUACUAUUCCAGGAUUCAGAUGAUGAGGAUAUCAAUAUAGAAAUUGCCAGUGCCUCAUUAAAGUCAUUUACCGAUCAGGAAUGGAGAAUCAACCAGCAAUACAUAAUUAACACCCAAAGGAAGCGAGCUGUAACAAUACAUGUCUCAGACCAACAAGGAAAUAGAUUGCAAGGAGCAGCAAUAACUGUAAAUCAAGUCUCAAAAGAUUUUCCAUUUGGUUCUGCAAUAGCACGCACCAUUCUGGGCAAUUUGCCUUAUCAGAAUUGGUUUGUUGAGCGAUUCAACGCAGCAGUAUUUGAAAAUGAACUUAAAUGGUAUGCAACAGAACCUCAUCAAGGAAAGACAAACUACACCAUAGCGGACCACAUGUUGGAGUUUGUUAGAGCCCACCAAAUAAUAGCCAGAGGCCACAACAUAUUCUGGGAAGACCCUAAAUACACGCCAGAAUGGGUUCGGAACCUAACAGGUCCUGAGCUACAAGCAGCAGUCAACUCCAGGAUACAAAGCUUAAUGAGCAAAUACAAAGAAGAAUUCAUACACUGGGAUGUUAGCAAUGAGAUGCUCCAUUUUGAUUUUUAUGAGAAGCGACUUGGAUCUGAUGCAACCUUGCAUUUCUAUGAGACUGCACAUCAAUCAGACCCAUUAGCAACCCUGUUCAUGAAUGAAUUUAAUGUGGUGGAAACCUGCAGUGAUGUUAAAUCAACGGUUGACAGCUACAUUGAAAGGAUAAGAGAUCUUAAACAGGGCGGCAUGUACAUGGAUGGAAUUGGCUUGGAGAGUCAUUUUACGACACCAAACGCUCCUCUAAUGAGAGCUGUGCUAGACAAAUUGGCCACGCUUGGACUCCCCAUAUGGCUUACAGAAGUAGAUAUUAGCAGUUCGGUUGGUAAAGAAUUACAGGCCAUUUACCUGGAACAGGUAUUAAGAGAAGGCUUUUCACAUCCUUCAGUGAAUGGGAUAAUGCUUUGGACCGCUCUCCAUCCUAAUGGAUGUUACGAAAUGUGUCUAACAGAUCAAAAUUUUAACAAUCUCCCAGCUGGGGAUGUGGUUGACAAUCUCUUGAAAGAAUGGCAAACUGGGGAGAUUAAGGGGCAGACAGAUGAGCAUGGUUCAUACAGCUUUUAUGGAUUCUUAGGUGAAUACAAAGUAUAUGCCUCCUACGGAAACAGAACAGCAAAUUCUACUUUCUCACUCUGGCGUAGUGAUGAAACUAGACACUUUAGCAUUCAAUUGUAACGCCAUGAUCAAGGGCAAACAUAAACUAGUUUACCAAGGUCACCUGGGUCUCUGACCCAGUGGACUAGUACCGUAUAGAAAGGAGUUUUUGAUAGCCCAAUCCCAUAGAUAUUAGGCUCAAGCCCUGAGGUCCAAUAAGCCAGUGCUGUAUUAUCCAAUCGGUUUGUUCUCCCUAGAUAUUAAGCACUAGCACUACGGGGAUGGUUGUUGACAGCGGCCCAUGUCACAAAAUCUAAAUGGGGCACCCUCGGUUUGAUAGUUUACUUUCGAUUAGCCCCUGUUCGUCAAGGCUCGAGGCCAAUGUCGUAGAGGUAUUCUACUUCAAAUAUUCUAAUCCGGUAGUACGGGCCAGUAUUUUUGUUCCAGCUUUGCUUCGUUCUUUGUUUUCUGACAAUUUAAUGGUUGGAUUACGUCCCUUCAAUGAGUUCAAUCAGCAAGCAC